AUGCUGUCCGACGAAAGUUCCAUCGGCGAAGGCGUCGCACGGCUGAAUCGAUGGCACCUGGGUCCCGGCACAUCAAGGGUACAGCAGCAGUCGCACGCGCCGUUGCACGCCUUCUACGUCGUCGGGCGGUCACUGCGCGUGCUGUCGGUGUUCGCGGCGUACCGCUUCCUGGUGGAGUCGGACGUGUCCGUGCUGCUCUUCGCCUUCUUCUCGCUCCUCGGCGCCGCCAUCCUCUUCUUCCUCCUCCAACGGCCCUGGAAAGGAAAACGCCUCACCAACACCCAGUGGGGCAUCUCAGUGAUGAAUGGAGGCGUGUUGGCGCUCGCUGUUGUCACAUGGGCGUACGGUCUGAAGCAGUGCGGCCCUCUAAGGUCUGUAAUGGCGGAGUAUUCAGGAGCGGUGGUUGCCACCAUAUCCACCAUAAUAUUCGGGCGGCGAGGACACCGCGUACUCAAGCUGUACGGCGCCAUUGCCAUGCUGGCUGCCUUCUACCUCCUCGCCUCGGGAAUCCCGCUGGGUCCCACUCUUCCGCCGGAUUUCCCACCUCCUGCCAACCCCGUCCCCUUGGGCCUAGACAGCACCGCCGCCGCCACUGCCGCCGGCACAGGCGCCGACAGCACUGGCAGCAGCACAGGCAGCAGCAGCAAGGGAGGCGCAGCAGGGGCAGUGGGGGUUGGGGCGGCAGGAGGGGAGGGAGGUGCGGGGUUGUUGGCGUGGCAGGUUGCGCGGAUGUCUGGGAGUGGGAUGGUGGAAGCGGCAGGGGGCAAUCCGUUGACGGCCAUGCUGCUGCCUGUGGCCGCUGGAGUGCUCUUUGCGCUGAGACGAUUGCUUGCCCGGCUGGGAAAGUCGCAGCAAAAGAAGCGGUUGCAUGCCGUCACAACAGUGUCCUCUGUAUUCUUCCUCCUGCCUAUCGCCAUCUUCCAGCUCAGCGGGGUGAGUGCCACUGUCACUGUGCCACAUGGCCAUGGCCGUGCCGUGGUGGCAUGUGACAAGACGAUUCCCAGGCGCCUCACAAACCCUCCCAUCCCCGUGCUCUUUCCCCUCCUGCCACACCCUUUCCCCCCGCCCCACACUUCUCCUCUCGCCCGCGCCACCCGGCAGGGAGCGCAAGCCUUGGACCUGGAGGCGGGGGGGCGCGGCCAACUUUCCAGGGGCUUCAAAACCUUCCCAUCUCCUCUCACGCUUCCCCACUUCCUCCAUUCUCCUCUCGCCUGCGCCACCCGCCAGGGAGCGCAAGCCUUGGACCUGGAGGCGGGGGGGCGGCCGAUGCAGGUGUAUGCGCUGGUGAUCCUGGCAGGGCUCGUGUUCUCCUUCUAUGUGGACACUCUGGCGGAAGACAAGCUGCGUAUUGGCCCGUCGUCACUGAAGCAUCUGCUGGUGACGAGUGUGGCGGUGGUGGCACUGCUACUCAUCUAUCGAAUGCACUUCAGCCCGCUCUCCUUCGUCCUCAUCGCCCUCCUCCUUGCUGCUGGUCUGCACUGGUCUACGGCCAUAGAGCGCAGCAAGUCAGCGGGGUCGCUGGCAGAGGAUGGGGUGGCAGCCAAGGAGAGGCGCAGAACUGCCGCCCUCGCCAUGCUGCAGGGAGCAAUGGACCACGUCAUGUCCGAUUCCAAGUCACGCCGCAUUGCGCUCUUUCUCCUCAUCAACGCAGCGUUUAUGAUCGUUGAGUUCUCGGUCGGUUUCCUUUCCAAUAGUCUGGGUCUCAUAUCAGACGCGUGUCACAUGCUCUUUGACUGUGCUGCGCUCGCCAUCGGCCUCUAUGCCUCCUACAUCUCCCGCCUCGACUCCCCUUCUAAGUUUGCCUAUGGCUACGGUCGCUUUGAGGUGUUAUCGGGCUUUGUGAAUGCGGUCUUCCUAGUGCUCAUCGCUGCACUCAUCGUCUUCGAGUCCAUUGAAAGAAUCCUGGACCCACCGGACAUAUCAACGGCGAACCUGCUGGCGGUGUCUGUGGGGGGCCUGGUGGUGAACAUGGUGGGACUCGUGCAUGGGGAGGUGGGAGCUGGAGAUGGGGAGGGAGGAGAGGCAUGUGUGCAAGAGGUGCUCACAUCCGGCAGUGCUCAUGUGGACCACAACAUGCAUGGAAUCUUCCUGCACGUGUUGGCAGACACACUGGGCAGUGUGGGGGUGGUGAUAUCAACGCUGCUCAUCAAGUACAAGGGCUGGAUGCUCACAGACCCGGCGUGCUCCAUAUUCAUAUCAGCGCUCAUCAUCAGCACUGUCAUCCCUCUGCUGCAAAACUCAGCCGAAAUUAUUUUGCAAAGAGUACCUCGGGCAGCUGAACACCAAAUUUCGGCUGCCCUGAAGAAGAUUGAGUCGAUGGCAGGAGUGGUGGCGGUGCGGCAACGGCACUUCUGGUCCUUCACUCCCAAGAUGCUAGUGGGCUCCAUUCACGUGCUCAUCUCUCCAGAUAGCCUCAAAAAUAGGGCCGAGGAGGGAGGUGCAGCGGCGCAUAAUGGAGAUGCUUAUAGCGAGUACGGGGACAAGCAGCGGCGGCUGGAGGCGGUUCAGCAGCUGCGGCAGUUGUUGAGGCGGCGGGUUUCGGAUGUAUUCCGGGCGGUUGGGAUCACUCACGUAACGGUUGAGAUAGAGGAAGCAUCGACUCACCACCUGCACCAUCGGCACCACCAUCAUCCUCACCAUUCCCACGCCUCGCCUUUCCACACCCUCUCCCAUGCAUUCUCCCCCCACGCUGCACAGUAA